AAUUCCUUUCGUGUUUCUCACACAACAAUCUUAAUUUCUGAUUGAUAAACUAGAGUUUUUCUUUCUUAGUUCAUUUUUUAAAACGAUAUGGGUAUGUCUAAGAAAUUAAUUAAGGUAGUUAUUAUAUAUAUGGCUCUUAUAAUGGUGGUUUUCACUCUUGCAACAAUCAAGACCAAUGCAGAAGAGGUGAUAAUAAGCUACGAAGCUUUAUUUCAAAAUCAUGCACUUGGAUGUAAUCCAAAGUAUCCUGUAACUUGUGUGAAACAAAAGGCCAAUUAAACGAUGUGAGAUUGAUCCGAGGUGCACGGCAUGGUUAUUUUAAUGUUUAUAUAUAUAAAAUAUAUCGUUCGUCGAAUGUUUAUAUCCAGUUUUAAAAUAAUAAAUGGUGUUUAACGGAUAUGUUGGAAUUGUAACAGUUGACAAAAAAAAUGUUGGAAUUUUAACAAUUAUUGUAAAGCUUCGAUACCUUUUCAAGACGUGAUCAUCUAUUCUAUUAUCUUCAGACACAUCCAUUUUACAUUUAGCAAGCUACUACGUAUUUAUACAAAUAUAGCUCUUAACCAAAACAGGUCACAAUUGUAUACAAAUAUAGCAACUUUUUUGGUUGUUGUGGCUCUUACAGCAGUAAAGACUACCAAAGCAAAAGCAAUACGCUGGUCUGAAAUAUAUAAAUAUUGCUGUUGUUUGCAGAUUGCAGUAUGUACUAUUUACCCUUUUUUUUUUGUAACACAUACUAUUUUUGAUCGCGCUGUUGCCAUCAUCAUUAGUCGCCACCACGAGCUGAUAAUUCUAACCAGAAAUUAUCUGAAACUCAUCGCGAAAAACCGUCACAAACUUCAAUCCAUAUUUCUUCUAUUUGUUGUACUCAGAGACCUCAAACUAAACGAUCUCUACAACAUGCAUAUGCCCUUGAUGGACAAUCGCCAAAACACACACCACAAACACUUGAAGAGCAAAAAUGACAAGAAAGAAGACUAACAUGCGUAUGCCCUUGAUGGAAGUCCAUCGCCAAAACACACACCACAAACACUUGAAGGGCGAAAAUGACAAGAAAGAAGACUAUUUUAUUCAUUUUGCUAUGUAAUUAAUUUAACCCUUUUGCUUUAUCAAGUCAUGGCAGAAGAAACUCAAAAGGUCUGCAGAUUUUUGUAAUAGAGGUUUGCCAAUUGCCACUGAAUUAUAAAUAUGUUGCACAUUAUUGACUUUUGAAUCUUGAUGUAAGUAAGGCAAGUUAUUAUUUAAUUUUGACUCCAAAAAAAAAGUGUGGCAAGUUAUUACUGAUUCACAAAAAAAUGUAGCAAGUUAAUUAUUGAAAUAAUUUAUGGGAAAGUAUUCAAUUAUUAUUAUUAUUAUUUUUUUUUUGUCAAGAAAAUUCUCAUUUCAAAAGUGUGAAGUCAACUGACUUAGGAUCCAAACAAAUUAAACAAAGGAAAACAGAGCUAAUAGGCUUAACCAAAACAAAUAACAAAGAACUCCCCGGGGAAUAAAGAGAAGAGGCUUGACGAUCAGCAGUAUGAGAUGAUCUCAAUUUCGCCAGUCUUUAGUGAUGCUGAGCCA